AUCAAGCAGCAGCUUAGUUGCUGUCCUUUUAGCAGAUUCCGUACUCAAACCAGAGACUAGUCAGAAUCUUGGCGAAUGUUUGGUGUGCGAGCUGGUCAUCUUCAAAUCCAGAAUUAAUUUGGAGAAUGGAUGGCAAGAUUACUAUGACGGUCACUACCCAUGCUCAGGGUUGGGGAUAAGCAGAGAAAGUGGUGUUUGUGCAGUCAUGUGGCACAAGCAGUUCCUAACAUGCUGCUGCCUUGCCCUCUUCUCGGUUAUGAUUCGAUCACAAACGGAUUCACCAGACACAACGGAGAGGACAUCAACGAGCAUGGCCACUACAGUCAAACGGUCAAUCCCAACAGAUGCACCAAUGCUCAAUUACAUCUUUGACGCGCACAGCACCCUCAAUAAGCAUCAUCAUCAUGACCAUCGAUGGGGCCCACAUUUUGAAGGAAAAGGCCAGAACCUCACGGUUCAAGCUGGCGCAACAGUCACAUUGGACUGUAGGAUUUCCUUGCUGCAAGACAAAACGGUUUCUUGGGUCCGGAGACUACCUGAUGGCGAACAGUUGAGCUUGCUGACGGUUGGCCAGCACACAUACACUGGGGACAUGAGGUACACGGUCGAAUUUCAGUACCCUAACAACUGGCGACUGCAGAUCAAAUUUGUUAACGCCAGCGACGAGGGCCAAUACGAGUGUCAAAUAAGCACGCACCCACCGAAGUUUAUAUUGAUAAACUUGCACAUAAAUGACCCAUCGGUACAGAUAGUCGACGGAAUGGGACAGCCGUUGAGGGACAAGUACUACGAAGCUGACAGUACCAUUGAACUCCUGUGUGUGGUGCGACACAUCGCGAUGCAGAUGCAGUACAGUGUUGUACAAUGGCUUCACGGGAACCGCACCCUCAACUACGACACGACAAGAGGAGGUAUAAGUGUAAAGACAAACUUGAUGGAGGAAGGGGCGAAUUCUACACUUAGCAUAGCGAGGGUUGGCCCUGCAGACAGCGGAAACUACACCUGCACCCUAACGAUGAUGCCAGACCAACCCGCUAUUGUUCAUGUGCAUGUGCUUAACGGAGAAAGUUUAGCCGAGUUGCAUCACGGCUCAGCAAGUAAACGCUAUGGGGUCCGUCUUCCAAUUCUCCUGGGUUUCCUACUACGGAUCGUCGUGGUGAGAUGAAGAACCGAAACAAGCGCAUCCAGCGCAAAUACCUACGUUCUACCAUACAAGAGACUGAACGAAGCUUACUUUUAGUGGGGGUGAAGGAGCAUAGAAGAAUAAACGAAAAACAAAGUGUUUUCUAUGGGUUGAUCGAGCCUUGGGUAGAAAGCUAGCACUUAAAAUUUGAGUUAGCUGGAAUGGUCAUACCCUGUUUCGUAUAAAAAUAAGUUGUGAAUUCUUAAAUAUAAGCACCGUAACUCUACAUUCCAUCGGAAGAAAAAUGGAUUCUCCAUUUCUAUGCAUACAGCAGUACCGACUGUGUUCAAUUAUAUUUCGAGACUCCUUCUCGAGAUCACAAAAUAGUACCGCUCCUUUCUGUUAGAUGUCACCAUAUUUAGAAUAAAAUUAAACUUUUUCCUUGAAAUUCCUUUGUUUAUGUGCUUCUAUGACUUUAUAUUGUUGUUCGGUGCACAAGAUAUAUGCCACGUCAAGAGUUUUACGUACUUUUGCACUUUUAUGUUCGAGUUAUGUGUCGAAAAAUUUGUCACCGAAAAACAAAAAAAGAAAUAUCGCUCCAAAGGUAAAGAGAGUGGUAAUUUAGAAACAUCGCAAAAAAAAAAAAAUACGAAAACUACAAGAAAGGUCAUGUCGCAUGCUGGUAAUAAGUAUAAAUCAUGUGC